AUGGCUUCACUCCUUCGUCAAAUUGUCGCAGGUCCGCGUUCUCGUCACCCAGAAGCAGGAUUGGAUCUCUGCUACGUAACACCUAAUAUAAUAGCGACGUCUGGACCCAGCGGCACAUAUCCGCAACGCGCAUAUCGCAAUCCGCUCGAUCAACUCGUUACAUUCCUCGAUUAUAAACAUGGGAAAGAGGGAUGGAUGAUAUGGGAGUUUAGGGCCGAGGGGACGGGAUAUCCGGAUGAGGAGGUGAGAGGGAGAGUUAGACAUUGGCCGUGGCCAGAUCAUCAUCCGCCGCCUUUUAAGUUGGUUCCGGGGAUUGUGGGAGGAAUGAGAAAUUGGUUGGAAGAGGCGGGUGAUGGGGAGGGAAAGAAUGAGACGAAGGAAGGGGGAAAGGUGGUGGUUGUACAUUGUAAGGCUGGGAAAGGAAGAAGUGGUACGAUGGCGUGUAGUUAUUUGAUUGCAGAGUGUGGAUGGAAGGCUUCUGAGGCACUUGCGCGAUUUACAGAGAGGAGAAUGAGACCGGGUUUUGGACAAGGUGUUUCGAUACCAAGUCAAUUGAGAUGGGUUGGUUAUGUGGAUCGAUGGACACAAUCUGGAAAACAUUAUGUUGAUCGACAAAUUGAGAUUAUGGAGGUCCAUGUUUGGGGAUUGAGGGAUGGUGUGAAAGUCCAAGUCGAAGGAUAUGUUGAUGAAGGCAAAACAAUCAAAUUAUUCCACGUCUUUACAAAGAAAGAAAGAGUAGUGGUAGAAGGAAAUACACCCGGUAGUGGUGGCAUCAAAAAUAUGAUAUCCGACAUGGCAGGAUUUGGAAAUCAAGAUAAAAUCGCAACAUCCAAAAGUGCAGAUCGAAUUGAGGAACCCAAAAAUACAACGCUAACACCACGAGCUACAGAACCCAAUGUCAGCGGAUCAGAAACAGAUUCAGAGACUGGAGGAGGAGCAGUCAUUUUUAAACCUUCUACAAGAGUUAUUCUUCCUACGAGCGAUAUCAACAUCGAUUUCGAACGCAGAAACAAAGCUUCCAUGGGUUGGAUAAUGGUUACAGCCGUUGCUCACGUAUGGUUCAAUGCAUAUUUUGAAGGUGGUGGACCUGAAAACAAUGGCAAACCAGAUGAAAAUGGUAUCUUCGAAAUCGAAUGGGAUAAAAUGGAUGGGAUCAAAGGUUCUUCUCGUAAAGGUACAAGAGCCUUGGAUAAACUCGCCGUAGUUUGGAAAGUCUAUGAUCCCGAGCCUGGUCGCGGUAGAAUAGAAAGUGUCAUUGAAGAACCGGGUCCAAAUUCCCCAGUCCCCGAAGUCCAAGCCGCAGAUUGGAAGGGAGAAAAUGAAGUUUCUCCUUCCAAUGGAAAUAGAGAUUUAGGACUUCGAACAGAAAGUCCUGCGAGUGCGGAAGUGAGCAAGGCGAGUAGUGUUAAUGAGAUCGAGAAGGAAAAAGAAGAAGAGAGGAGAGAGGAGGGAUUAAAAGUCUCGAGUCCAACGGGAGAAGAGGAUUUACAGUUGGAUAUUACAAGUUUACCGCAACCGGAGGGAAAUGCACCCGUACCGGAUUUGGAAGAGAUUAAUAAGGGGCUCGAUACGGCGACGUCGACGACGGUCAAUCAUGAGGCGAGGAAAGAUGUAGGGAAUCAGAAUGGGAGUGGAGAUGGGAAGAUGGGGGGAGAUGGGAUAAUGGAUAUUCCAAAUGCACCACAUGUAUCGAGUAUUUCGACGGCGGAUUUACCGGGUGGAGUACCGGAGAAUCAGAUGAAGAAUGCGAAGGGUCAUAAGUUGGGACAUUUGCAGAGUGUGAAUAGGACUAUUAAUUCGUAG